AUGCCCGUCCCGGCCAGGUGCGUUGAGUACCGGCCCCGGCGGUGGUGCAUGCUGAACCCCAUCAGCGCUGGGGACGUCAGGGCCGGCGGCCGGCUCGCGGACAACGUCGGGUACGCGUGCUCCUGCGCCGACUGCACGGCGCUGGGCUACGGCUGCAGCUGCGGCGCACUGGACGCGUGUGGGACCGCAUCGUACGCGUUCAACGCCUACUACCAGGUGCAUGGGCAGGUGGAGUCGGCGUGCGACUUCCAAGGGAUCGGUGUCGUCGUCCACGAGGAUGCGUCGCAGGGCGCGUGCAACUUCAGCGUGCAGCUCGUCGGGUCAGGGGCGCCAGCACUGGCCUCUGUUUCUUGUGUUGCUUUCACCUGA